AGUGCAGUUUAUAUAAAUGACAAUUUAAUUGAUGACCACGUCACGUCGCGCUGGAUUGGUAUAGAGGAUGGAUUCAUUAUUCCCAUCACAUCAGGGUUAUUGUAUAUAGAUAAUGAUAGCAUUAUUACACAUGGCGGGACCAAACGUUUGUUUGUCAUUCCACGCUUACUGCUGAGGAAAUCCAAAAGACGUUAUGUAUAGAGGCCUACACACAGGUAGUUAUCUUUGGUUUAUUUUGUCCAUCUGUUUAGCAGCAUCUUUGAAUGAGAGUCAAUCGCCGGAAGAAUGGACAGAGAUCAUAAAACAGUAUUCCUACAUCUGUGGCACUGACCAUAUCUGUGACAAAACUCUCCUAAACAUUACUACUUUGAAAGGCAAUACGUCGUGUCCAGACUGUAGCUGCAACAGCUUAUGUCGCAUAUAUGGAAACUGCUGCCCCGAUACUUCAUUUAACACAUGUGUGCAAACGUCGUACAUAUCAGAAAGGAAGGAUGAUGCAGAGCUGUACUAUAUGAAAAAUGAUUGUCCGAUACAUGCAGAUAAGCGACUUAUUGAUAAGUGCCAAACAACAAAUAAAAAUGAAAAUAUUCUAAAAAGAGUCCCGGUCACUUCGAAAUCAACCAAUAUGACAUACAGCAAUGUCUAUUGUGCAAGAUGUAACAGCGAUUCGGCAAUUAUUCCUUGGAUUAUCGAAACAAGCUGCAACAUGAGAAACAGUUUUUCCACUGUAGAAGAAUUGUGGGAAUAUAUAAAGAACAAGCAAUGUUCCCUCCGUUAUAUACCGUCAAAGGAUAUUCGCCAAAAUUUCAAAGUUCCUACAACAUGUGACUGGGACGUAAAUCUAGUCAGAGAGUGUAAUGUUACCGGGAUCGUCCCUUCAUUUCAUCCUUUCACUGAAAACGCUUGCAAGGCAUCAUAUCAACCGAUUGGAUUGUUCCAGAAUCCAUUUUGCUUGUUGUGUAAUAUUCAAAGUAAAGUAUUUGACCCACCAAUAUCCGGAUGCAAUUUUACAGGAAGGCUGAACUAUAUCGAAGAGGGUGUACGGAAUGCGUGUUUGAAUAACAGCGUGGAUAUUUUGCGGUACCCUUAUAAAAAUGAAUUCUGCGAAGAAUGCAAUUUGGUAAGGACAGAGAGCGGUGAUAUUAAACUGGAAGACGCCCUUUUGUCCAUUAAUUCAUACAACAGACUACAGAUGACCUCAGAUCAUCGCAACACUACAGACUACGUGUAUACAUCAGCAUUUACAGUACGUGCCGUAAAUUUCUCAUAUGAUCCUAUUGUCAAUAGUUUUGUAAAUAACAUUACAGAUAACAUGAUCAACAUUCCCCGGAACAUCUACAGCCACAUUACCUCUGAAGAUUUUGGCUGGUUCAUAAAGAGAAAAUGGUGCCGUAGAGCACUGAUAUAUUCAUAUGCAGAUUACGAUAGAUCAAAAUAUUUUUAUAGAGGUCGUCCGUGCUCGUGUUCCUCUACCUGCAAUACAACAGACAAUUGCUGCAGAGACCCAUCAGAUGACGCUAUUAUGAAGCAAGUGAGGAAGUGGGCAUGCACACAAACAUCUUUUCCUCGAUCUCCUACUUCCAAUAUAUACCCUUUCUUUAUGAUAAGUAAAUGCACUGAAAAUUACACGAACGAAAUGAUAAAGAGUUUUUGUGAGUCGGACUACAACGGACAUUAUCUGAGUCUCAUGCCAGUGACAGACAAUCGUACUUCAGUGACGUACAAAAACUAUUUCUGUUUCCUUUGUGUUACUCCAAAUGAUAUCUAUAUUCAAGAUCAAACCCAAAUAGUUCCGUGGACAAUUUCAAUGGACUGUCCCUAUAUCGUGAACUUUAGGAAUGAGCCUGACUUGCAAUCCAUCUUCCAAAAGGCUCUAUCCAGACGCUGUACGUUGAAUUUCUUGCCGAGUCUGUCUGAACCACCAAAGUGUAUGCUUCCAUUAACAAGCAGUUUGUAUUGUUCCCUCUGUGACAAUUGGGACACGACCGAUGAGCGCUCAAAUAUUAUAUAUACUGGUUUGAGUAAUUACCGUACAAUAUUUUCCUUGUUCGACAAUACAGAAGAGAUGGAUGCCGAAAAGAAAGAAACUGAAAGCCAACAGUGUCCAGUUGAUGAAAUAUUUGAUAACUUCCAGGUAGAAAUUAUUCUCUAAUAGUUUUGUAAUUCACUAUUCUAAUUUGUCUCAGAUUAAAAGAUUUCCUUUGGUUUUACCUAGAAAA